CGCUGGUGUGCUGUGAUGUUUGGUAUUCCUUGCAGCAGCCUCCCACGCCCCGCAUCCUCCCACGCCAGGAUCUGCGUCACCCUGCAGUGUGGGAGUGAGAGUGCAAUGAAGCAAGAGCGGAAUAUCCCAAUAUCACAACAGAGGGGAGGAGGGGGAAACCAACAGCUCCCAGGCCCUUCGUACUAAAAACUCUAAAACCCUCACAUUUACGCACACAGUGUAAGGACAACCCAAAGACAGUGAACGGUGCGUUUUUUCAUCAAAGCCUGCGUACACAGCUCUGGUGGCGUGGCAGAAUCAUACUGUGCGGAGUACUCAUUCACCCCUUACAGCAGGAAGUUGGAAAAAGUCUCCAUCCCAAGAAGAGGACUAUCAUUUUUGCAAGUUCUAACUGGACUCGAAAUCUGAAAAAAAAAAUAUAUAUAUAUAUAUAUAUAUAUAUAGUGAAGAAAGAAAUUGUUCAACUCAACUGUAAAAAGAUUGUGAUCUGGGUCAGGGAUGGCGGCGACUUUACCGAGGACCCUUGGGGAGUUGCAGCUCUACCGGAUACUGCAGAGAGCCAACCUGCUGUUCUACUACGAAGCCUUCAUCCAGCAGGGCGGCGACGACGUGCAGCAGCUGUGUGAGGCUGGAGAAGAGGAGUUCUUGGAGAUCAUGGCACUGGUGGGCAUGGCCAGCAAGCCCCUGCAUGUCAGGAGGCUACAGAAGUCCUUGCGAGACUGGGUUACCAACCCUGCUCUUUUCAAUCAACCUCUGACCUCCUUGCCCGUCAGCAGCAUCCCCAUCUAUAAACUGCCAGAGGGCUCCCCAGGCAACAGUUACGAGAGGAACAAUAACACCAGAGAACCUCACGUUAAGAUCCCCAAAAGCAUUGCUGCCACCUGUGUGGGGCCCAGCAAAUCAGAAGCGUCGUCUAGCUCCCCCGUGCAGAGUGGCAGCGAGCCGAGGUUCUGGCAAGGGAGCCACGCUACUGAGAGCGAGCAAAGCCUCUCCCCUGCAGACCUGGGCUCCCCCUCGUCUCCGAGAGAAACCCUGGAGAGCCUGGACGCAGCGGCAGUGCAGUCGGUGGCCGAGUGUGUGGACAGGAUGGCCCCGGCUUUGCCAAAGACGGACUCUGCGGAGGUGAAGGAGCAGCUGAAAAACAACAAGAAGCUGGCCAAGAUGAUCGGCCACAUCUUUGACAUGAGCGACGAGGACCCCCACAAGGAGGAGGAGAUCCGCAAGUACAGCGCCAUCUACGGGCGCUUCGACUCCAAAAGGAAAGAUGGGAAGCACCUGACGCUGCAUGAGCUGACAGUCAAUGAAGCUGCUGCCCAGAUGUGCAUUAAGGACAAUGCACUCUUGACCCGGAGAGACGAGCUGUUUGGACUGGCUCGGCAGAUCUCUCGGGAAGUCACAUACAAAUACACCUAUAGGACUAGCAAGUCUAAAUGUGGAGAAAGAGAUGAACCAUCUCCCAAAAGAAUAAAAACAGAGGAUACCUUUUUUGAUAUUCAGGAGGCAUUGCAUACCAUACAACAGAAACAGGAAGCACUAAAAGAGCAACUAACAUUGGCAAAGGCUAAAGGUGAAGAAAUGGUGAUUCAUAAUAUUCAGGUCCAGCUGGAGAGACUGGUGAAAAAGCAGAUGGAGCUCCUUCACAACGCCACAGCUCAGGAGAGGCUUCACUUCUCGGAGUGGCGUCUGCCAGCCACUGCUUUUAAGCGCAGUACAGAGGAGCACAACUCUAAUGGUUUGUCUGCUGAUAAUGCGUCAGAGCGACAAGUUGAAAAACCAUUAAACCUGAGGGUCCCCAGUCAACAGAGACACCGACAGCAACAGACAGCAGCAGAAGGGGAGCCUCUCCUGGGAAAGCAGCUGUCAAAUGAGUUGAAAAGGUUUUAUUCCACCAGCGAGGGGAAAACCCAGUCUACAGAAAAUGGCAGCUUCACAGAUUUCUGCCACAGAGUCCUAAACCUUGCUGAGAAGAAGCCCAUCAAAUCGGAACCAGAAGAUUCUAGAUAACCUUGCAUUGCCUCAGUUUUUGUACUGAACAUGGUGUCUAUUAGUAAAUACUAAACAAGCACAGCUACAGUAGAGCCUUAACAACCAACCUUGCCUCAAACAUGUUUUUUUGCCAAAGCGCCUGGAACUGGCAGUCUGCUCACAAAGAAGCAAAGAAGCUAACUGUCACUGGCUGUACAAAUGUUUGCUGGUCACACUUCUUGUUGCUACAUGUGGAUAGAUAGAGUAAUAUUGUACUGGAGGAUGUUAUUUAAGAAUGUGCUGUGUAUAAAGUACAUUUAUUUACUAGGAAAGUUAUAAAAAAAAAAAAAGAAAAUCAGUUCAGCCUUGUUCUUUACUGAAUGGUGGGCUCUGUUACAGUUUGUGCUGAAGAUUUUAGCAUUUUGUUUUUUUAAGGUGUCAUGUAUUCUUUUGAGUUUAAUCAAAGGGUAAGAAAAGGUGAUUUUACUUACAUAUAUAUAUAUAUAUAUAUAUAUAUAUAUAUAUAUAUAUAUAUAUAUAUAUAUAUAAAAGUAGAAUCAUGACGAUGACAUGCACAAUGUACUAAAGAUAUAAUUGUGCUUACAAAUGGACUUUCUUAAUACCAGGACCACUAAACAAUAGCAGCAUCAUGCCUCAAUUUAUCUUACAAUGAUAUUUAUGUUAUCAAAACCAGUUUCAAUAAAUGUAUAUUGUAGUAGAGCAAUACUGAAUAGUCUUAAUAAUGGUGAUCGUCUUUUCCUGUCUCCUGAUCAGUGCACUGUAGUAGAUGUGUGUUGAAUAGCCUAGAAACUGUAGUUCACAUGGUGUUCAAGAUCUAUUACCUAUGAAAUUACGCACAAAUGUUUGCUUGGUUCAAAGUGUGUACUGUUCGAUUUAGUAUAGAGCAUAUUCAGAGUCUGUGUUUCAAAUGAAUUUCUCACUGUUGGUAAUAAGUAGUUAGAAACAUUUGCAUAUUCAGAGCAUUGGGUCCCUGUGGGUUUUAUGUUAUGUUUUUGUUUCUCGUUCGGGUUUUAGACCGAUACCUCUUACUUGUUUUAUUUAAUGCAACUCUUCGGUUUUUGGAAUAUGUCAUUGUGUUUUUUCUUGAGUGCUUGCCAUUUACUGGUGUGAUAAUCAACAGCACUGAAUAAUCUCUUGCACUUAAAACCACACUCCAUACCAUUCGCUAUACAACUUUCAACGCAGGGUGUAAAAGUCAGUGGAAUACUAAAAAAAAAAAAAAAAGUGUUUUGAAAGUAUUGUGAAAGACACUGCAUGGACUCCUGUCCUCUGCAGUGCCAAACGGAUUAUGGAUGUGUGUGUGAUAAAGACAUCUGUGCACCAUAGCACUAUACAGUAUAUGCAACUGCCAUUGGAUUUUGUAGAGUAUAAUGCUAUAAUGUCUUAAUUGUCAGCAACUGUUUCCUCAAAAGUGUACUUCUGCUAUUGUUUUAGUAUUGUGCAUUAGAGGGUGUCCUUUUUCCUGUUAAGUAACUGCUUUUUUAAAUGUGUUCAUUAGCAGGUGUUCCAUGUAAGUAGAGAGGAAAAACAUGCAUCUUUAUCUAUAGGAUAAGACAGUGUUGAUGGUUUGUAGUUGUAUUCUGUUCUUAUCACUUUUGCAGUGGUAAAUUAAAUGAUGUUUGUGUCUGUGUAGUAUGCACUAGUUGUUUUGUAAACACUAAUAUAUUUAAUUUGUUAUACAGCACAUAAACAUUAAACUAUAUUUUUUUUAA